UACGGCUAUUCACAAUAAUACAUUUGUCCAUGCAUAAAUCUUCAUCUGCUUUUCCAAAAUCAGAAACCAUGGCUAGAAAAGGCCUUAGAAUGUGCAUGAUUGUGUGCUCAAUUUUCUUGAUCGUUGUUGUGACAAUCAUUCUGGCCAUAUCUUUGACCAUCUUAAAACCCAAAGACCCAGAUAUUAGUGUCCACCCAUAUGGCCUUGAAAAUUUUCAGAUUAUACAACCCAAUGUAACAGCUGUGCCACUUGGCAUGGUGAUCACUAUAGUCAAUCCCAAUUAUGGAACCUUCAAUUACAAAAAUACCACUGGCUAUCUUAGUUAUCAUGACAUCAACGUAGCCAAAGCUGUGGUAGUAUCAGGAUCUGUGCCUGCUCGUGGCUUAUUUAAUAUUACCACUGUUGCAGGUAUCAUGACUCAAAAGUUGAUGGAUGAUACACAAUUUUGGUCAGACAUUGAAGUUGGCACAUUGAAUUUUGAAGCAACUAUCACUCUUCCUGGGAAAGUGACUAUGCUCAAGAUUUUCAAAAAGAAGGCCCUGGUUCAUGUAGCAUGUGACCUCUCUUUUAAGCUUAAUUUAAGCUCCAUUCAUACUGAUUCAAGCUGCAUAUCCAAGAUCAAGCUUUGAUUAUUCUUAUUAUUAUUAUUAUUAUUAUAAUUUCUGCACACAUAUAUAUGUUCUUAUUAGUUAAGGCAAGAAUGCAAUUUAGUUUGAUUGUAAGUGAUGUAAUAAUAAUAAUAAUCUUUGUGGAAAAAUUAAAUAAAGGGAACUGAAUGAUAUGAUAGUGAAAAUUUAUUGAUGAA